CAUUCAUUUUAAUCAUUGACUUGAUAUUGUGAUCGUGACAAUUCUUAUUGAAGCUUACUGUGAAACGUUCUUAUUACGAUAGUUUUUAUUGAAAUUUAUACUCAAAUUUGUUAACAAAAUGCCACGAAGAGGACGUUCAGCAAGUCCGCCACCAGCUCCACAGCGACGAGCUGCUCCACCACCGAGCAAUGUGCCGGCUCAUGCACCUCCAUCAAGCCCGGGGCCUGUCCAUGCUCAACCCCAACAACCUUCAUUAUUCGGUCAGAUGGCUGCAACCGCUGGUGGUGUCGCCGUAGGAUCAGCGGUGGGGCAUAUGGCUGGUAGUGCUCUGACUGGAAUGUUUAGCGGUGGUAGCAGCGAGCCUGCACCACAGCAGCAGGCACCAGCAGCCCAGCCCGUGUACAAUCAGGCCCAGCCUGCACAGGGACCCUGCGCUUGGGAAAUCAAACAAUUCAUUGAGUGCGCCCAACAACAGCACGACCUGUCACUCUGCGAGGGAUUCAACGAAGCUCUCCGCCAGUGCAAAAUCAACAACCACAUCUAAUGCAUGUUCAUAGAAGGCCCUAUUAGUUAAAAUUAUUCCAUUGAUAUUUCUUAUGGCAAAAGGUUCAAAAUCAUGUGUUUUAUUAAUUUGUUACUAUACUAGAGAAAUUAUGGGGCACCUUCUUUAAUUUAUAGUGAAAAAGGGACAAUACAAGUUAAAUAGUAGUCAAUUUUUUAGUGAAUU